ACAUGUUUAAUUUCUCUCUCUGUUCUCUCAACAGUAUGGUAGACAGUUACUAGCAAUGUUUAAUUUCGUCCGGUGAUCGUUAUAUAUCCGCGCGAAUUGUUCCCCACGUUUUGCCACCUGUCAACUCAAGUGAAGCGGGAAUUUUUCAAAUACGAAACCUGAAAAUGGCCGAGUCCAUGCCUUUAUUAGAGAGGAAGAUGGAGAUCCCUUUGCCUACUUUCACAUUUGCGAAGGAUACUCCCCAGGGAAAACGUCCUCAGGCCAUUGCCCAUCGGGGUUAUAAAGCCAGAAACCCGGAAAACACCAUGAGUGCAUUCAAAGACGCAGUAGAAGUAGGUGCUCAUGCUAUUGAGACCGACGUACGCUUAACGAAGGACGGUGUAGUGGUUCUUACCCACGACCCUAGCCUCAAACGAUGUUUUGGACAGGACCGGAAUGUCGCAGACUGUACAUGGGAUGAUAUUAAGACUCUACGCUCAGUGCAGAAACCACACGAACCAGUGCCAAGAUUGAAAGAUCUUCUGGAUUAUCUAGCAACACCGGGGCUGGAAGACAUUUGGUUGUUGCUUGAUAUCAAGGUGCUUGUACCGAGCCUGAUGCAAGCCCUGGUGGGCGACAAGGACGUCCAGAAGACGUUUGACGAUUAUGCCGAUGAUCUUCAUAGGUCGAUUGCAGUUACGCUGGCAGAUGUGAAGCCAUCACGCCCAUGGAAUCAGCGUGUGGUAGUUGGGUGCUGGGCUGCGAAAUACCUCCCUCUUUGCACAAAAUAUUUCCCUGGUUAUCCUUUAACUUACAUCGGAUUCGGCAUAGACUAUGCCCACCAGUUUCUGAAGGUUCCUAAUGUGGGCAUCAAUAUGUUUUUGAUGUUAAUAGUAGGGCCGCGUGGACAAGCUUUGCUCCGGGAGGUGAAAAAGAAGAGGUCGGAUCGCUCAAUACUUCUGUGGACAGUAAAUGGAGAAUCUUGGAUGAAAUGGAGCAUCAGGCAAGAAGUCGAUGGAGUAAUAACUGAUGACCCUAAGAAAUAUCUGGAGGUUUGCAAAAAUUACAACGAGGUUGAGAAGCUAUAUCAUUCUUGGGAGUCUUGGAAAGCCAUUUUCUAUUGGCACAUGCGCAACUUAGCUUUCGGUCUUACAUUCAGAUAUAAACACGGGUUCUGGGUCGAUUUAAAAAAGGUUACUGGAAACUCAGGGCGCUGAAUCAUACCGUGAGAACAUAGUGUACGUUUUAGAAGGAAUGGUAAAGGGUAUUCAUUCAGAGUUAGCUAAUGUUCUAUACCCCGGAAUAACUUAUUCCUGCUGGAAAUUCCAAUUAUGUC